UCUGCCUCAACGUCCCUGCGCGACGCUUUCUUGCUUUCUUUCCCUCGAUUAGAAACGGCAUUGGCAAGCCAGGGCACCUUCUCGUCCCCAGUGGAAGAAAAAACGGCAGGAGAGAGGUCUCCGAGUGUGGUGGAAGCUGAGACGGGGAAGAAGAGGAAAGUUUUCCAGGGACAGAGACUUAAAAGCCAGGUUUGAGACUGACAACAGGAGAUUGCGGGACUUGGAGGAGCAGAAUCCCCAGUCCCGGGGAAGCAAAGCCCCCUUCUUGGGUCCAGGAGCUCAAAAGUUUCAAACGCCUGGGGAGUGGAAGGAAGGAAGCAAGACCCUCCGGAGAGGUGGGGAUCCGGGCGGGAGAUGCCCACCCUCCAUUCCUCGGCGUGAUUUGGAGAAUGGAGCCGACGAGGCCCCGCCCCCUUUGCCUAUAAAAGCGCAGGGCUCUCCUUGCCCCGUCACUCUUCUUUGUGGCUGUCGGGGGUGCGUUCCUGGCCAUGGGACGGGGCUGCAGCCGCAUCUCUCCGCCGAGGCUCUCCUCGACAUGACUCCUUGCUACUACUAUUACCACCUCAGCAGCCCCGGCGAGGGGUGGCUCAACUCCUCAGCCAUGGCCAAGGUCAAUGGCACCGUCUUCCCUGGAGGAGGAGGAGGAGGAGGAGGGAUAGAGCCAGAGGAAGAGGAGUGUGGCUCCGUCUCGGUGGUCUUCCCCUUGACCAUGAUGAUCACCGGCAUGGUGGGCAACGGCUUGGCCAUGCUGCUGGUGUACCGCGCCUACCACAAGAAGGAGAACCAGCGCAAGAAGUCCUUCCUGCUCUGCAUCGGCUCCUUGGCCCUGACCGACCUGACCGGACAGCUCCUGACCAGCCCCGUGGUCAUCUCGGUGUACCUGGCCAAGAGAAACUGGCGGGCCGUGGACCCUUCCCUCCACCUCUGCUCCUUUUUCGGACUCAGCAUGACCGUCUUUGGGCUCUGCCCGCUCUUCAUCGCCAGCGCCAUGGCCGUCGAGCGCACCCUGGCCAUCCGGGCCCCGCACUGGUACACCGGCCACAUGAAGACCCGGGUGACCAAGUCGGUCCUGCUCAGCGUGUGGCUGGCCACCUUUGCCUUUGCCUUCUUGCCCCUGGUUGGCGUGGGGAAGUACACCCUCCAGUGGCCUGGCACUUGGUGCUUCAUCAGCAUGAAGGACCCCCAAGAGCCCCGGGUGGCCAACAUCAUCUUCGCCUCCACUUUUGCCUUCUUGGGACUCUUCUCGCUUGGCAUCACCGUGGCCUGCAACGUGGCCACCAUUGUUGCCUUAGUGUGUCGGUGUCGAUCCAAAAGCUCGGCCUCUCAGUCCAGGAGGCAGUGGGGCAGGAUCACCACGGAAACCUUGCUCCAGCUAUUGGGGAUCAUGUGUGUCCUCUUUGCCUGCUGGUCUCCACUCUUGAUUAUGAUGCUGAAAGUGGCCUUCAAUCAUACCAUUAUGGAUAAAUGUGAAGACUCCUGCAAUCGAACCCAAACCUCUGAAUUGCAGCCAGAGUGCAAUGUCUUCUUAACUGCUGUUCGCUUGGCUUCACUGAAUCAAAUCUUGGACCCUUGGGUUUACUUGCUGCUUAGAAAGAUCCUUCUGCGAAAGUUUUGCCAAAUAGCAAGUGCUAUCUCCUGCUGCUCUCAGGACAAAUGGAAAGGACAGCACUUCAUGUUGUCAGACAAAAUCACACACCCUACUGUAUGAAGAUGCCGGCAUGUCAACAGCUUUCCUCCAAGGAGUUUCAGCUUUUUCAAAGGCCAGGAAACAUGUGGCUUUCUAGAUCAGUGGUGUCAAGCUUGUGGACCUCCAGGUGUUUGUGACUUCAGCCUCCAGAAUACCUGGCCAUUGGACAAGCUGGCUAAGGCUUCUGGGAAUUGGAGGCCCAAACAUCUGGAGGGUCAGAAGUAAGACACCUCUGUUCUAGAUGUACUUGGACUAAAACUGUCAUGUUCCCCAACCAAAAGAGCCAGUGCUGAAGGAUGUUGGGAGUGAUGUCAAGAACAUCUGGAGAGCUACGUAUUCCCCAUUUCUUGGCCAGUGGGGUGUAUCUAAUGAUACAAUUGCUUUUGUCAUCAGAAUUGGAAAGAGGACAAACUCCCUUCCCUACUUCAAUCCCCUGUACAUCUAAAGAUCCUUCUCUAAAGGACUGGGAAACUCUCUAGAACUUGUUUUCAAGUAAUGCUGAGGAUUUGAACUGACAGUAGGAGAAGAAAGUCCCAUUGUUCUACUUUCAUAGUACCAGAGAUGACAACUUCUUCCGUACUGUGAAUUUGGACAUCUGAUGCAUGAGAACGUCCCUCUAUAAACUAAUUUAUUUUCAUGGUUGGGUAGAUUAAAAAAGAACAGAAAUGUUUUUUAAAAUGUACAUCCUAUGUCUUUUGAAACUCACAAAUGAGAAUGCAGUGUUGUGCCAAAAACACUUGGGAUUUUCCUUUUGUAUUUGAGAAGAAUCUGAUUUUUAAAUUAGAAGUUUGAUUGUAGAUCCAAUAUGGAGUAACUUUCCUUGCUUUCUCACCCCUGACACACUCAUUUAAUUGAAAAGAGGAAAGGAUAUACCUUUUCCACAUUGUUUCUAAUAGUGACAGAUGGGAUGGAGUUGGAAGAAGGAAAACACAAUUGUGUAGAUUACUGAUUGGCAGUGUUCCUUAAAGUUAUAUGGGUAGCAGAACUAUGAAAUGCAAAGAACUGCCACAAUAAUUGUGCAUUUCUUUUAAACACUAAGAGCCUUUCUAAAUAAAUGUUGAUUUCUUUACUUGUUUUAUAUGUUAAUUUCUUUAUAGAAGUCAUGUGCUUAUUUCUCAGAGAUGUAGUUCUUUUGCAGUUGAUAACUCAUUAUCACAGAAAUUAAACUAUAACAUUUUGACACUGAGAAAACAAAGAAAAAAUGGAAAAAAUGGUGUUCAAUUUGGAAACAAUACUAGGGGGCAGUUACUUAAUACUUUUCUUCAGUGCUAGUUGAAUGUGACACUUACUUACCAUAGUGUUGCAUUAUGAAGUAAUAUCCAUCUUUAUUGGAAUAUGUUUCUAAUGUCCCUUUGAUGCUUUUAAAGUUUUGCAUUCCUUCUUUUUGUGUACCUGCCUGCUAAUUUAGGCUGGAUCUACACUGCCAUAUCAUCCAGGUCCUGAAUCCAGAUUAUCUGCUUUGAACUGGAUUGUAUCAGUUUAUACUGCCAUAUAAUCCAGUUCAAAGCAGAUCAUCUGGAUUCAAAAACGGGAUUAUGUGACAGUGUAGAUGGGGCCUUAGACUCUUUAUAUUCUUCCAUGUAUCAUUUGUGCCCGGGACCUCAUUUUCAGCAGCCCAAAUCCUACUGUUAGUCCCAACUAGAGCAGACCAAGGAUUGCAAUGGGAUUUAUGUACGUGUUGGGUUCUUUGACAGUUGAUUCAGUAUAUACUUUAAUUAGGACUAAUCAACUAUAUUCUAAACUGUCUCUAUCCAAAUGGUGGAUUCUAUUAAACCUAUUGCUCUCCUUCUGGAGUGAUGUCCAUCCAAUGAGUCUAUGAACCUUCAUGUGUUUACAGAAAAAUGUUUUUAGUUUAUUUCAUUAAGCAUAAAAAUCUGUAUCUAUGUUGGUUAUUUUGAAGACAGAUCAGCAAACAGCAAUCCUUUCAAAAAGGGAAGAUUUUGUUUUUUAUAUACCUUAAACAGUUCUCUGUAUGAGAGUGAAAUAAUUACAGUCCUGGUAAUAGGUUGGCAUUAGAACAAUAAGGAAUUAAAAACAGGAGGAGGGUGCUUGUAAUAAAAUACCAAUUUCAAUGAAGAGAGCUUUCAUAAAUUUAAUUUUAUCAAGAUCAGUCGACUCUAACACUGUCUUUUAAAAAUACUUCUAAAGGGUUAAAUUAAUAAAGAACAAUUGGUAUCCAUAAAGUACACAUAGACAUUUGUAUUAUAUAGAGAAUCUCCUAUGAUUCAUCCAUUACUAACAAGAUAUUAAUAAAAUAUUAACGAGUUUUGAUCAGCUAAAUUAGUUUCCUCAUUAUGCAGCUCAUAAUUUACUUCAAGUGCCUUUGUUAAUUCAGAGCAAUUCCAUUGGGUUCCACUUUCAUGCAAUUAAUUUUUAAGUAAUAGUUUAAAAAAAAACAUGACCACUUCUAGAAGCAAUUCAUAGAAAUAUAAUGUAGAAUUUGAAUGGGUUCUGAGUCCUUCCAGUGGAAGUACUAUAUGUACUUGAAGCAUUUCUAGUACAUGACUAUUCAAACUUCUGUUUAAAACUAAUUAACAAACUACAAUGGGCAUUCCACAGUUGAACAGCUCUUAUAAUCAGGAUGGCCUGUAUAAUCAAAAUCCUCAUUUAUUGUCAUUAGAAUUCAUUGGUUUGAGUCCUAUCCUCUGGAAAAGUAGAAAACAAUCCUGUUCGAUACAUUGCUGUCCUUCAAAAGUCUGGAGAUAUUUGGCUAUCUUAUCAUCUCUCAAACUUCUCAUCAGACUUCCUUUACACAUGACUCUUACUCAACUAUGUUUUUUUAUCAUUUAGUACCAUGACUUGUAUAAAUAAGUAAUUACUGCUAGUUUCUACUCUUCUAUAGUGAUUUGCCACUAUUUCUUCUCCCUCUGCAUGCCCAUUCCAAAUCUUAAUCUUAAUGUUCCUUCUGCACAUAUCUUGAUUUUCCUAGACUCAUCCCUUUUUUUCUUAAAAUUGUUUCCUAUUGUCCCUUCAGGAUUUAAUUUUUAAGAAAUCCCCAUCCCUCAUCGACAUCCUUAUUUUUUAGCAUAUCUAAUUGUGGAAGUUCACAUAAUAUUUCUUUAAGUUUUUCCAAAUUGGCUUUCCUAAAAGUUCCCUGUUUCUGUCUAAAAGCAUUCAGGUUUCCUUUUUUCUGCAUAGAAAAAUUCCAAGAGAAAAUGAAUGUCUGUCUGUUGAAGGUUGCAACUAGUUGACUACUUACUCUCUCUGAUGCUCAUCUCUCUGAUUAUUCACAUUUUGCUUUUUCUAUUUUCUGGACAAUUUAAUUGACAGCAAGACAAGUGAGAUUUUUUUUUAAAUGUUGGGGGUAGCCUUUACAUUCUGUCAGAAUUUGACUUCCAGCAGAUAUCAGGAUAUCAAACUUUCGCAUCACAAUCAUAUCUCUCCUUUUGGAGUAUUUGAUAUUCUGUUCUAGGAAGACACCAUGAAAAUCUUUGGGCUGAACUGAAAGUCUAUAAAGAUCCUUGGUGCUAUUUUCUCUUCCUAUAUUGUUUUACCAAAUUGGUUCAUUUUUACCAAAACUGGUACAUAAUCACAAAGUUGAUGUGAUUAGAAGCUUUUGUCUCUUGUUUCAUACACCUUUUUGCAUUUAGACAAAACCACCAUAUAUGAGACAUAACAAUUUAUGUUGAAACUUGGAAAGUUAAUUUGGGGAGGGGACACUAUAAAUCCCAGAACUGACUAGCCAGCACUAAAAAUUAAUGCUUUCAACAUUCUGAUUUGCUCCUUAUUGCUGUUUAAUUACUACAUUGUUUUUAUAAAGGAAUUCUAUGGAAUAAGGUCCUAGGUAGCAAAGGUUUUCACAUAUUUUUCAAACAAAUUGGGAUCUAAAUUGGGAUUGUAAACUUUCAUCUUCCAAAUAUAAUCUCACCAUAUUUCUGUCUUGGCAAAAUAUUUAAAGCAUAUGCCUGUCAUUCAAAUAAUUCAGUCACUUGAGGGUAAAUUUCACUGAUUAUAAUUGAAUUCAGUUCUAAGAAGACAUGUAUAGGAUAAAGAAAUCCCUUUCCAUGAUGCAUGGAUGUUCUAUAAUUUAAAAGGGUUUCUAAUGUUGUCAUCCACAGAUCAGAACAUGGGAAAAUAUUUUAAUACCAACAUGAGGGCAGUGUAGGAGAGGCUGCAUUUAGUUCAUACAAUGGAAGGUUUUGCUGCUGUGUAAAUUGUACUCUUUAAAUAAAUUUUAUUGGACUUUGCAUUCAUUGUCUUAACUUAUGGCUGUUAUUGUGAAACUUCAACUCAUGGUGGACGUUUUUCAGGACAUUUUUACUUUAAAUGUCAAUAAACCUGCUUAGUGGAAUAUA